CAUUUGCUAAUUUAGGUAUUAAGUACCUGUGUAAAUUAGCAGAUUUCUGGUUUGAAGUUAAAUUUCUCAUGUUGUGUGCAGGAUCCUCAGCAUGAGAAGAUAAUUACUGUGACUACUAAUGGAAGUAUUCACAGCCCCAAGUUUCCACACACGUACCCACGCAAUACUGUACUAGUGUGGAGAUUAGUAGCAGUAGAUGAAAAUGUAUGGAUACAGCUUACUUUUGAUGAAAGAUUUGGGCUUGAGGACCCAGAAGAUGACAUUUGCAAGUAUGACUUUGUAGAAGUUGAAGAGCCUAGUGAUGGCACUGUUUUAGGGCGCUGGUGUGGUUCCAGUAGUGUGCCAAGCAGACAAAUCUCCAAAGGAAACCAGAUCAGAAUAAGAUUUGUGUCUGAUGAAUAUUUUCCUUCUGAACCUGGAUUCUGCAUCCAUUAUACGCUUCUUAUGCCACACCACACAGAAGCGCCUAGCCCAUCAUUGCUCCCCCCAUCAGCUUUACCAUUAGAUGUAUUAAACAAUGCCGUCGCUGGAUUUAGUACUGUGGAAGAACUUAUCCGGUACCUUGAACCAGAUCGGUGGCAACUGGAUUUGGAAGAUUUGUACAGGCCAACGUGGCAGCUUCUUGGAAAGGCAUAUAUUCAUGGGAGGAAAUCAAGAGUGGUGGAUCUCAACCUCCUAAAGGAGGAGGUGCGGCUGUAUAGUUGUACCCCUCGCAACUUCUCAGUGUCGCUAAGGGAGGAGCUGAAGCGAACUGACACCAUCUUCUGGCCGUUGUGUCUUCUGGUUAAACGUUGUGGUGGAAACUGUGCCUGUUGUCAUCAGAGUUGCAAUGAGUGCCAAUGUGUACCAACAAAAGUCACCAAAAAAUACCAUGAGGUUCUUCAGCUGAAGCCAAGGAUUGGCGUCCGAGGAUUGCAUAAAUCAUUGACAGAUGUACCCUUGGAACACCACGAGGAGUGUGACUGUGUGUGCAAAGGAAAUACUGAAGGAUAAACAUGAUUUAAUUGUGCUGUUUCCUUUCAAAGCACAUUCAAUCAAUGGCUGAUUCUGUUAUGGGGCUUGUGCAUUAUCUCCUUCUGUAAUCUCAGUUGUUUGCUUUGGGGAUCUUCCAUCUUCAAGAUUUACAGUGAGCUCUAAAAAGAGGAGAAGCUAAACUGGGAUUAUAUGUUGUGUGACAGCUCUGUUUGGAGGCCCAGUGAAAGAAUGGGAGAAAGGCAUCAAUGAGGGAUUUAAAAUAUAUGUAUUGUUUUUGUCCCCCACAAUUUUCUUGACAAUACAUGGAUUUAUAAUUUAGGAGUAAAAAUAAAGUUAGAAGGCUCACAUCAUGGAGACUUGAUCCUGCUGGCUGUCUCAUUUCUACAGCUCCAGUACAUCUGGCCUCUGGUUGAAAACACCUGAAAUCUUUCUUUCUGUGUUCAACUACUCCUAUGUACACUAAAUCGAAGUGUUCUCUGUUGUAUAAACUUGGGGUAAAACAGACUGUCUUGUUCCGAAUUAAAUUUAAUUUGUCUAA